AUGAAGCCAUCUGAAACAAAGUCUGCACCAACAACUGAAACAGAAUCUGGAAAAAACACACAGUCAACCAAGCCAACAGACUCUCAAGGUAAACAGCCAUCUGAAGAGAAGCAAAAGGAAGCCAGUGGUGCAAAAAAACAAACCUCACCUUCUGUGACAACAACUUCUAAACCAAAUAAUACAGGAAAAGUAACUACAACUCAAGCUGACCAGCCUCCACAAGCAACCUCCACAGACACAGCAAAGCCUAAGUCUGAGAAGAUGUCCAUAGCAGCUGGCACAGCUGGUGCAGAGGCAGCCAGUGCAAGUGUGGUUACUGCAGCUGAUAAGUCAAGUACCGAGCCUGGUAUGGAUGAGUCGGCACUAGAUAGCCUAAUAGAUACCCUAGGUGGACCUGAAGAUGAUGUGCCUACUAGUCCUGUUUACACUGGUCCAGAAGUUAUGGAAGAUGUAUAUUCAAGAUACUUGGAAGAAAUGGGUAAACGGGAAGGUAGUCUCCCUCCAGAGUAUGUUAAGUUGUUGAAGAGCAAAGGGGAUGGCAAAGACGGAGUCCCACCAAAAGUAGAUGAACAAGAUGAAAAACCAAUGACAGAUGAUGAGCUUGCAGAGGCCCUGUCAUCUGACUUUACCUGUAGUACUGCUUCUGCUGAAGAAAAGAGUCUGACAGAGAAACCAAGCAAGGAAAGAGAAAUCGUGCAAGCACAAGCAGCAAGUUCAGUGAAGACCUCAGUUCCUCCUAAGGAGAAGAAAACAAAGUCAAAAGAGGAAAUUAAAGAUGAUGCAGUGGAAGCUCUUCUUGAUACUCUUGGUGGACCUGAACCUGAACCUGAAGAAGAUCUUAGCCCAGUUGUAGAGGUGUCAGAGGCAAAAGCUAAAGAGAAGAAAGAAAAAAAGGCUGGAGAACAUGAUGAUACAAUACCUCCAGAAUACAGGCUAACACCAGAGUUGGAUAAAGAUGGAAAACCAAUAUUGCCAAAGCCUGAAGAAAAACCUAAGCCUUUGAGUGAAUGUGAUCUUGUUGAUGAAUUUUCAAAAGACUUCGCCUGCCCUGCACAGCCUGCAGUAGAAUCCAAACCAUCAAAGCCCAGCAGCACAUCCAAAAAGCCUUCAGAUCCUGUGUCUGCAAAAACUACUGAGGAUGAAGUAGUCCCUCGUGCCACAGCUUGCACUGUGCAAUCUGCAGCUCCAUCAGCUGUGUCUUCAGUUGGUAACGUUGCAGAUGAAGCACUGGAAGCCUUGUCCAGUAGCCUAGGAAAGAGGGAGCCUGACCCAGAUGAAAAGAAACCUACUGUGGACAAAGUUAAGGAGAAAACCAAACAGGAAGAAUGCAAAAAACUGGGUGAAGAUGAAGAAACAAUUCCUCCAGAGUACAGAUUAACAGAAGCAAAAGAUAAAGAUGGAAAACCACUCUUACCAAAACUUGAAGAAAAGUCCCAGCCUAUGAGUGAAAAUGAUCUUUUAGAGGGUUUGACAGAAGGAUUUUCCUGUUCUCCAUCUCCAUCUGCACCAUUACCUAAGCCAACUGUAAUAAAGAAAACCAGGGAGGAUAAAAAGCCUGCAGAUUCCUCAGAUGUUAUCUCUGCUGCUACAGUUUCUUCAGUGCACUCAGCAGCUCCACUCUCUUCUACCUCAGGAGGAAAAGAGAUGGAUGAAGCCUUGGAUCUCCUGUCUGAUUCCCUGGGACAGAGAGAACCUGACCCUGAUGAGAACAAACCAGUUGUGGAUAAAGUAAAGGAAAAGGCUAAAUCUGAACACAGAGACAAACUUGGAGAAAGAGACGAUACUAUCCCACCUGACUACCGAAAACUUCUGGAGUCAGAUGAGCAGGGUAAACCAGUAAAGCCAACAGCAAAGGAUGAUGUGAAACACAAAGAGCAAAAGAAGUCUACGGAUGAGUCUGCAGCUAUUGAUGCCCUAUCAGGUGACUUUGAUACUUGUGCAAAGGCUCCUGCCACACCACAGCACUCAAAGUGUAGGACAAAAGUGGAAAGGAAACCAUCACCACUAAACCAACCCCAAAGGAUAAAGGAAAACCCAAAGACCCUAAAACGGCAAAGGGACAGUCCUCCAGCAGCAAAUCUGAGAAGCAGAAAACAAGCUAAACGUUAA